AUGUCUAUAAAAUCCAUCAAUACUCAUGAUGUGGCGAAAAUCACGUCGGGACAAGUCAUCAUCGACCUCGUUUCGGUAGUCAAGGAACUUGUGGAAAACGCAAUCGAUGCUGGCAGUGACAAGAUUGAAAUCACAUUUAACAAUUACGGAACGAUCUCUGUUGAGGUUGCCGAUAAUGGAAGAGGAAUAGAGGCUGAGGACUUUGCGUCAUUAGCACUCAAACAUCAUACAUCAAAGUUGACUACAUUUGAGGAUUUGGCUUUGGUGAGCACGUUGGGGUUCCGUGGCGAAGCCAUGAGCUCGCUCUGUUCAGUGGCAUCUGUCAAACUAUCAACUUGCACGUCUUCAAGUUUCCCCCGGGCAACAGAGUUGCACUUCGACACGUUGGGCAAUUUGACUUCUCAGAAAACAGCAGUUUCGGGGAAGAAAGGCACAACAGUCACAAUCAGCGACCUCUUCCGUGGCAUGCCCGUGAGAGAGAAGAAUUUCAUCAAAAACUCCAAGCGUGAAUACUCGAGAGCUUUGACUAUGCUCAUGGCCUACUUGCUCACAUACACCAAUAUCCGGUUUACAGUGUUUAACGUGAGUGGGUCGACGGGGAAAAAAACCAUGGCUAUGGGGACACAGGGAGGAAAAGCAUCCACCAUAGAUGCCUUAGUAAGUGUCUUCGGUAGUAACGGAGCGUAUGGCUUAAUACCCAUUGAUAUAAAAUCCACCAAUAUUGAUGCAAGGUUUAAGUUGAAUAUGCACAGCGUACCUAUGUCACUCGGUGUUCGGCUAUUCGGGUUCAUUUCAGAUACUUCUUUUGGGCUUGGAAGAGGUUCGGGUGACCGGCAGUUUUUGACUGUGAACAAGAGACCCGUAACUCACAAACGUAUAGCGAAAGUGAUCAAUGAGGUCUACAAGACGUUCAACACUACACAAGUACCGGUAUUUGUGCUUGAAAUAGAGCUUGACACAGCAUUCGUUGAUGUCAACGUGACACCAGAUAAACGGAUGGUAUUAAUGCAGAGCGAGGAUGUGGUGGUGGAGGUUCUUCGAGAGGAACUUUGUAGUUUCUUCGAGGGCAGGGAUAAUUUCGUUCCAAAAAGCGCUCUUGGGGCUGUAAGCAUUGGGAGAAAACCAGCAAGCAAAGAAGAGCUGAUAGCUAUGAAUAAUGAAUCUAGUUUGGAUGAAGUUCUGGAAACUAAUGAAAAAGAAACCGGCCAAUACGGGGAUGAAACAAAAGAAAAACAAAAAGACUCAACGUCAUGGGGAGCGACUGAUCGAGAAGCAAACUGUCUGUUUUCUGAAGAAAGGAAAGCAGAUAGAGAGGCUACUGCAUCGCUCGAAGGCAAUUCGGAAGACUCCGAAGAGACAGCACUCGCAGUUUCCGGGGAAAAUUACGAGAGCUUCGAAGUUAUUAAUGGGAACGAGACGGAAUCGCACAAUGCCGAGGAUGUUGAGUCAGAUGUUGGCCAAGAAAACCCAUCGGAAGAUCAGAAGAGAGACGAGUAUCACCAUGUUGUUUCGCUCGAUUCUCAGGACCCUUCUCUUAAGCAAGGUACUGACCUGUUACAAGGACGAUCCUCCCGCACGAUCAAUAAAGUUAAUACUACUUUGCAUUUGGUUGAUCCUCCGGUAGAAUCCGUUUCAAUCGAAUCACACCCCGAGCAUGGACAAGUUAGUUGCAAAAUCGCAAAUGGAGCUCCACUGUUGCAACAUUCUACGGAUGGAUGUACAGACUCAAGGGCCCAUUGUGCGAUAUUAACACCUGAUGAGGUGAUCGACCACACAACGUUCACUGACGAUGUCGAAGCAAAUUGUGCAAGCGAUGAAGUCGACAAGUUUGAUGACCUUCAGGAAACUGCCAUAUACGAGCUUUUUGUUCCAGAGGUCACUGAAGAAGAUGUGAAUCAUUUGAAUGGCGCCAACGACCCACGCAGGGCGAUGUCACUGACACAGUCUAGCCAAAGGGUUUCCAAGCAUAAUGCACGGCAGACACUGCAUGACGUUGACGCAGCUAUCGGUAGUCAUCCUGUGGAUGCAGGACGAGCAAAUAGAUCCCGCGGUGCUUGCACGGAGCUGGUGUAUCAACAACGAUCUCACUUAGCCUUGAAGAUCCCAAGGGAGAAUUUUCCGCCCCAUCAUGAUAGCAAAUCAGGCCUGCAGCUUGAGUAUAAGGAAUCCUACUCCGAGAAACAAAAGAGUUAUAGUGGUGUUCGAGCAGCCUUUCAUGACUUGACACAAGCAUUGGAGAUCAAGAAAUCGGACUUUGGAAGAAUGCAAGUGGUUGGCCAAUUCAAUUUGGGUUUCAUCAUUGUUGUUCAUCUUGGGAAACUCUUCAUCGUUGAUCAGCAUGCACUGGAUGAGAUAUUCAACUAUGAAAGACUCAUGCGAAGCCUAGUACUUCGUGCCCAACCAUUGGUAGUGCCCCGGACAUUGGAGCUCAGUGCUGUAGAUGAGAUGGUUGUGUUGGAGCAUAUGACUCAAUUACGAAAGAACGGUUUCAUUGUUGAAGAAGAUGCCGAUGCUCCGCCUGGCCAUCGAGUGAAGUUGAUGGCUGUUCCGGUGCUGAAAAACGUUGUAUUUGACGAUUCCGAUCUUCAUGAGCUUGUUCACAAGCUCCACCACCAUGGCAUUUCAGCAUCCCAGACGUCAUCUCAACGCCUCCGGCAAACGGUCAGAUGCACCAAAGUCGAUGGUAUGAUAGCCCUGCGAGCUUGUCGUCUGAGUAUCAUGGUGGGACAACUGUUGGGUAAGAGUACUAUGUCCAUUGUCGUGAAGCACUUGUCCACACUUGAUCGACCAUGGAAUUGUCCUCAUGGAAGACCAACAAUGCGUCAUUUAGUUGACUUAGAAGGUGAUCUGUUCGGAGAAGAUUACGAGGUUUGA